GUCGAACACUAUUGAUCGAAAUUGAAGUCCAGGCCGACUGGAAAACGCGAAUAAGCUUGCGUUGUGCUUCUGGAAGAGUACUGUGUCGAGGAAACGUCUUCUCAAACGAUCAUUGACAAACCUAGAAGACGGACACGUUUUACCUUUGAUCCGAAACGGACCCAGAGGAAGAACAGCAAAAUCAGCAAAAAUUUUCAUCAGAACAACGACGAUAGUGGAAGAGGAUAAACUUUUCCAUUUUCCGCAGCCCAAUAGUGGAAAUUGUGCCAGCAAACAAAAUAACACCUUCUACAACAGGAUUACACCAAAGCGGAAGCAAGAGAAGACAAAGCAGUAGCAAAGCAAGGUAGCGAAAAUUAGCUGCACAACCGCAACCAAGGAUUACGGCUCUUCGUGCAUCUGCUCCAAUUAAAACACAUACAGCGAAAUGUCAGCAGAUGGACUUGCACCAGGAGGCGCGGGAGAGCCAGGAUCGGAUGGUAUUGUCGGCGGACCUAGGACUCCCCAGCAAGUCGCGGCACAGAAACGACUGCAGCAAACGCAGGCACAAGUCGACGAGGUUGUGGAUAUUAUGAAAACGAACGUAGAAAAGGUACUGGAGAGAGAUCAGAAACUUUCGGAGCUGGAUGACCGAGCUGACGCUCUGCAGCAGGGUGCUUCACAGUUCGAACAGCAAGCCGGCAAACUGAAGAGGAAAUUCUGGCUGCAGAAUCUGAAAAUGAUGAUAAUAAUGGGCGUAAUCGGCCUUGUUAUACUUGCAAUUAUAGUAGCAAAAUUUAUGCCAGCUGAACAGCCACAACAGCAGAUGAUGAUGACACCGCAGAUUCCGAUGCAACAAAUGUCAAUGAGUGGCCAACCAGCACAUGCAGUGGCACUAGUGCAAGACAUGUCAUCUAUAGUUUCUGAACAACAAGGCCGGUUUUCUAAAUAAAUCGAUGGCCACAAUCGAUUCUGAGUGGAAAUCGACACAAUGCGAUUCAAAAAGACAUUUAAAGGGAUUUACUAAUCAAGCAUAAAACACACUCACUCGCAUCGUUUCAAAUAUUCUGAAAGAUAAAUAGAAUACGCCAUUCAGUCAGAGAAUAAAAACAAUCAUCUACUAUACACAUUUAUCGAACCGAAACCUAAACCAAAAAUAAAGAGUACGAUUAUUUUCUAUACAGUUAUCAGUAACUAACAUCUAGCAGAAUAUAUUUAUGAAUGUUGUUACUGUUCUCAUUUAAAAAUGGUCAUGGAACGAAAUGUAAACUAACCAUACUAAUGAUCUUCAUUCUACGGCACGAACGAAAAUCCAAAGUUUUCCAUUAAAACUUUCCCUCCGAAAAAUUUACCACAUACUUUAUGGAGCUUUACCCAUACCGAACCUAUUUUCAUUGCUACAAAUUAAGAGGAGAUCCGAGCAAAUCAGCAUCUUCACAUGCCCGGGUGUCACAAAAACACCAAAGAAAAGGAACCAUUGAAGUAGAGGGAAACUAUGAGUAAAAAUAUACAAUUCAAAAAUAACAGACAAAAAAGUGAACAAUCUCAAUCUACUAUGUUUUCGUUGACAGAACGCUAUUUUUAAUGGCAAAAGGGAAAAAUAGAGACAAAAUAUUGUUAAGUUCCAACAAGAUUAGAACACCUUAUAAGCCGAACUGCAGCGCUUUGCUUGGUUUGCUAUCAUAAGAGCUAAAGUUGUUAUAAAUUUGAUCUUUAGGGAAACACAAGAUUAAAAUAAUAGGACACAAUUAUACAAGAUAGUAAAAAAAACUACAUAGCUGGUGUACCAUUAGCAAAAAAUAGUGCACGUAUCGUUCUACUACUUCUACUAGCAAAACGUUAAUUUCAAGAUUUCUGUAGCAGCACGAGCUUGUACAGAAUUGCAUACAUUGUGUGUUGACAACGAGCACGCUUUAAUUUUGCGGUCUUGAGCCAAGUGAACCGCCUUCAAUUUAUUUUGAUGGAUCAGUUAUUUUUUCGUGUCAUUUUUAUCUAGGUUAAUUCUAUUUCCCAUGCUGUUUAGAAGAAAAAACGAAAUUUCGAACAGCAAUUUAAUUCGGAUAUAAGAAGAUUAGGAAGAUUAACAAUAGAAAAAGCUUCAAAAUGAACCUCUCAGUGUCAUCUUGCAAGGAAAACGUUUAGGGAAAUCGAAUGAUCCUCCUAUUCAUGUCUUUCAUAUCAUAAAAUAAUCAACCAACAAUGUUGAGAAAAACAAGAAACUUGUUACAAUCAAAAUACCCGCAGUUCAUCAGCGACCACCAAAUAGCCAGCAUUGGAUUUUCUUUCUAUCCACAAGAUAUAACUUUUCAACCCGUUGAAAAGACACUAAUUAAACACGAAAUUACCUAUAUCAACCCAGUUAGAAUCCCAUAGCAACCAAAGACAGUAGUGCAACUCGGUAUGAUGUAAUGCUAUCAAUUGAUUUUUCUACUGAUUAAGCAAAAAUAGUGAACAGUUUAAUCAGAAAAGCUUACAGAAAACUAAAAACUCAACUCAACAAUAGGAAACAUAGUAGAACCUUUUGUUUCAAGGGCGUAAUUUACAAACAUAGCAAAUACACAUAAAGCGAAUAUAAUACAUUAUAUAAGAAAAAAGAUCCCGAUUCAAACCAAAUUACACGAAUCAACUAAACCUUAAAUCGAAAUCUGAAGUAAACACUAUCCACAAAAAUACAUUCAUAUGUACACCAUCAUACAUUCUCGAACACAAACAAAACAAAGGGAAACACAUUUGAGACAUAAAAAUCAUAUGGAAGCAAACAUGUGCUAAGUCGUAAUAUUUACUAGAGCAAAUAUUUCAGUAAGUCUUUGUUUAAAAUUCUGUUUAUGAAUUCAAUAUCAGAAAUGAACUUAUAUACCGAGCAAAACAAAUAAUACUAAUUAAAAUAAAAAUAAAGAAAAUGGAGAAAAAAAACAUAAAAAUACAUAUAUACACAUAGAUUUGUAAAUUGUAAAGAAAAAUCCGAAUUAUUAUCUAUACUUUGCAGAUUGGCUGGAAAGAAAAAUAAAACACAAACUGAAGUUUGAGUUCAGAAAUUCGAUACAAAAGAAUCAUAAACAAAAAGAGUUUGAAAAAAAUCUUCUGGAAUCGAUGCGUUGAAAAGUAUAGAAAAUAAUAAAUAAACAAUAUAUAAUUAACGAUUGAAUAAAGACAAUUAAUUAGUGUAUGUACAUUACAA